AUCCCACUUGCAGCCGCAGCAACUACCGCACCCAGUCUCACAAACGAUACCGCCGCGAAACACGAACGCAUACAAAGAACGCAGCUUCUCUGUAGCCGGGAUCGACAUAUCAAAUACCCGAGUGGCUGAUCGUCUGAUCAAACAGCCGCAAAAAUGGGUCGCGCCCUCAAGCAUCACGAAUCGAAGCUUCUUCGCAAGGUCGACUUCAUCACAUACAAGCAGGACAACGACCAUCGCGAUGCGAACAUUCGAAGGCGGUACAUGAUCCAGAAGCCGGAGGACUACCACAAAUACAACAGGAUAUGCGGAUCUAUCCGCCAGCUUGCACACCGUCUUUCACUUCUGCCUCCCGAAAGCGCGGUCCGUCAGAAACACGAAAAACUCCUCCUCGACAAACUGUACGAUAUGGGUAUUCUCUCCACAACAAGCAAGCUCUCCGCCGUGGAGAACGGCGCAACAGUCUCCGCCCUCGCCAGGCGGCGCAUCCCCGUCGUAAUGACGAGGCUACACAUGGCUCCCACAGUCCAAGCUGCCACAAAGCUUAUCGAGCAGGGCCACGUUCGAGUCGGCACCGAGACAAUCACAGACCCGGCUUUCUUCGUGACGAGAAACAUGGAGGAUCUGGUCACAUGGACCGCAGGCAGCAAGAUUAAGAGGAACAUCAUGAAGUACAGGGACAAGCUGGAUGAUUUUGAGCUGCUAUAAGAGGGCCGUGUGUGUUUGGGGUGGGUAGCGGAAGAUGAUAAGAAGCUUAUCCCAAGGGGCAAAGAGGUGCCCCAAUGGGAUCUGACCAGUACAACAGACCCAGUUCACUUGAAUAUCCGAAUGCAACAGAGAAUCAUCAGUACCUUGCUUCCAUUUCAAGAGUACAUUG